AGGGCCGCCAGGCACGAGGGCACCGGUCCCGCAGGAGGCAGCGGAGCGGAGCGGAGGCGGGGGCUCUAGCUGGGUCCUGAUUGGCCGGAGAGGGCGGGAGGCUCAGCUGGGGCGGGGCCUGCGCGAGGCGCUCCCGGGAGGGGCGGGGCCUGUGCGGGCAAGUGGGCAGAGGCGAUGCGGGGCACGAGCUGCGUGGGCGGUGGCGGCGAGAGCCCCGGCGGUGCGGGGCUGAGCGAGGGCCCGCGGGGCCGCUGGCUGCGCUUGGCCCCGGUGUGCGCCUACUUCCUCUGCGUGUCGCUGGCCGCCGUGCUGCUCGCCGUGUACUACGGUCUCAUCUGGGUCCCCACGAGGCCCCCUGCGGGCAGCGCCGGUCUCCAGCCCAGCGUGCCGCCCGCCCCGUGCGCCGCCCUCCCGGGCGCGCCGCCCGCCCCUGCACCCCCCGCCUCCGUCUCUUGCGUGCCGGGAGCCCCCGGCGGGCCGCGACCCCAGCUCUCCGUGCCGCGGAGCCGCCGCAGCGAACCCAGCCGCCGGCCGCCGCGGGGCGCGGACCCGGGUGACCGUCCCUUCCUCCCCAACGACCUCGACGAGGAAUUUGGCCCUCCGGAGCUCGGGCACCGCAGGAUGGAGACGCGGGACGCGCAUGGUCUCGCCCCUCGGCGCGCGCUGGCCUGACCGCGGCCUCUGGGCCGCCCCGGAGGAUCCGGAGCGCGGCGUCCCAGCCACCCUGCCACCGCGCGCCCACCCGCAAUAAACCCAGCUCAGCCAUGGCG